AUGUCACCAACAUCAUUGUCAUCUUCAACAAUUUAUGAUCAUUUAGUUGUUAAUUAUCCCGAAAAACCACAAAUAAUGACAAGAAAUCAUGUUCUUUCCGUGACGACCAGUCAAGAUGAUUCUUCUCCAUCGAUUCCGCCAACUCUCAAACCUGAAUGUAAUCGAUCGUUUACACUGAAAAAACGCAAACCCCUCUCGGUUGAUGAGCAACUUCGGCGACACACGUUGACAAACAUUAAUCUCUCGAAUCCAUCUCUACGCUGUUCAGUAAGCAAUCAAACAUAUGCGCAACUUCCUCUACAAAAGUCGAUUCGAAAGUCAAAUAUUUCUGCGACACUGAAAGAAAAAAGUAGCAGAUCUGCUCGUCCACCUUUAACGUCAAAUAUUGAAGUCAAACCAAUGGAUUUCCGUCCGUUAAUCAUCAACGGUCGCCGACGAUUCAAUACGAUAUCUACAGGAACACCGAUGGUUAUCAUCAAGAAGAAAUCUCCCUCACCGAUGAAUAAUUUCAAUCGUGAUCAGAAAGUAUUGCCUUGCUCGAUUCCCGUCAAUGUUACCAGUAAUAAUAAUACGCCAAUGGUUGUUAGUACUGUGAUACCGUCGUCGCUAUCAUAUUCCUCUUCGUGUACGGCAUCAGCAACGCCAGAGUCGCUGAGAAAAAGAACUCCUAUAUCUGUACCAAUCCAAAUUACAAAAACAAAAGAAAACAAUCAUCAUACUCAAACUAAUGGAGUAUCUACUACGACGAUUAAUAAUAAUAAUAAUAAUAAUCAGCAUCAGCAUCCGAACAUAAUCAACGGAAGUCCACGAGGUUAUCGUUACAUACAAAAACAACCUCAAUAUUUAAGUCCACCAAUGAGCAUGAGAACGAAAAAUAAUAUCCAACCAUUAACACCCUCCUCGGAUAAUGAUUAUGACGAUAUAGAGGCUAUUGCCGCUGAAUUAGCAAAGGCACCAACAUCAUCUUCAACUAGCGGAGAUGUUAAUGAUUAUUUUUCAACAAAUAUGACAGAUUCACAUGUACUUCGUUUAAUUCGUCGUUAUGAUCCGAGUAGUACUAACAGUGCUACCGACAGUCGCAAUAAAGUUGGUCGUUCACUGCAGAGUACUCGUGGCAUAUGGCAUACAGUUACUCCAAAUUCCUUAUCGUCGAUGCCAUCUCAUGUUUCUACAUCAUUACGUUCAGUUGUACCACAACGUGCUUUAUCGACAGCAGAUGAAAUCUUUGAGCCUGCACGUCAGUCAUCUAUGCCUCGUCUUCAACGUCAACAGGCAGUUUAUGAGCAAGAACCAUUGUCAUCACCGAGUACACCUAAUCCAAAUCAAACAUUUCCUAAAUAUACUCUACCACCAUCACACACUGAUCUCGCUGUCCAAUCAAACAAAACUGAGCCACUAAGAAUUGAAAUCGAUCCACCUGUACCGCCAACAGCAAUCAAAGCGAAUGGUACUACAAAUGCUUAUCAGCCAUUGAUUACCACUGGAACGAAACGAGUUUGUGCUGCAAUAAGUAAAUCAGAGAGAGAUUUACGUCUACAGUUGGAAUCGUAUUCUCCGACUACACCAUCAUCGCCAACUACUUGUCCAGUUCGACCUCCGUCACCACGAAUGCUAAUCAAUGAACAGCAAGGAAAAGAAUCCUAUCGACCAUUACUUGGUCGAAGUAUCAGUACUAUGGGUAUCAAUAAUAAUGACGAAAACACAGAGAUUGAUGACUUUGAUGAAAAUUCGGCGCCAAUUAUCAACGGUUCAUCGGUUAGAAAACUUCAACGAUUGUUCACACCGAAGUCUUCAAUCGAUUUAUCGACUGCUUUAUUAAAUAAACAACAUCGAAUUGAUUCCGUGGAAUCUAAUCUCAAUCCCAGUUUAAAUACGAAUGACACAAAAUUAAAUAAAAAUGAACUAUUCUCCUCAACAGCAUCACUUGCACCAACACUUCCAAAUUCGAUUUCCACCGAAACACAAAAACAUCCACUAUCAAAUGGUAAUAUCACUAAACCGACAACAAUUGUUCAGGAAAGUCUAUCUACUCCAACGCUCAUCAAACGGCCUAUUCUUCGAAGUCAUAAAACGAUUGACAGUACUGAAUCACUCAAUCGCCUAAAUCAAAGCAAUCAAAUGCCAGCAUCUGAACUUUCACAUGAAACAUAUCGUUUUCGUCAUCUGAAUGAUCAUGAUCAAAUGACCAAUUCAACAACACGUCUAAGAAAUGUAGCGAAAGUCGAACCCUAUUCGAUCGAUACGACUAUGAAUCGUCCGUUGUAUCAAACAUUAUCAACACAAAUGACGGCGCGCAAUAUAUCACCACCGCCGCGGACGACAUCAGCAUCAGCUAAAGCACGUAUUAUACUCAAUAGUGUGGGAAAUACUCCCACCAAUACAUCAACAUCGUCUUCAGCUGCUUCACUUGGCGGUGUAAUUCGUCAUCAGAAUGUCCGCCAAUCCGAUUUUCUUAUGCCGAACCCUUCGUAUCCAACACCUGCGGCUAAAACUAUCACCGUUCCUGCACCUCCUCCAUCGCAUACAUUUCAACCAUUUUCAAGUUCGUCAUCUUAUCCAGCACCUCAAUCAACCUCAAUGUCAUCUUCACAUGGCUCAUCGCAUCAAUUAUCUAAUAAUAAUAAUAAGACACUAUUGUAUAAUGGGCGUUCUGCCAGUGUCGCUUCAUCACUAAAUCCUACUCAGCAAAAAUAUCGCCCAUCAACAAAAAUUGAUCUUUACCAAGCCAAGGAAACAAAUCCGUCUUCGGCAUAUCGAAAUGGUAACAGUACAAUCAUUAGUAAUAAUAAUACGUAUGAACAGUUUGAUAAUUAUCCUUUGCCAAGUUCAUAUCAUUACCGACCGAAAGAAUUUGCAUCAUCAACAACAGCAAUUAAUGCUUCAUUAAACAAUGCUCAUCAACCAUCUCAAGGAUCACUACGUUCGACCCUCGCCGAUCAACAGCAACAACAAGAUGAACGGGUACUUGGUGGACAACAACAAUCCCGUCGCCGUUUCCAACGACGUAAACAAAUGAAACGGUCUAAGAGUGCCGAUCUCUAUCAAGGACCAGUAUCGCCAUCAAAUUCGACAAUUCAAAAUAACAAUUCAUAUUUUUAUCCACCAACGCAUAAAAAUGAAGAAAACAAACUCAAUCGACAACCACGUUCAACUAGCCGUGAUCUAAUCACCGGAGGAGACGGAAAUCUAUCAGCAUCAUCAUCUAGUUCAUCAUCGUCAUCCAUUGCACAUAUUGAACGUAUUAAUCGAGACACAUUACUUCGAUAUAAAUCAUUAGAUUCCAUGACAUUUAAUAAUCGAAAAUUAAAUUUACCUGACAAAUACAAUAAUCAAAAUACAAAUACACGACGAGCUGUAUCAAAACCCACAAACAUUGAUUUCGAUAGUGAUGAUUCUGUUUGUGGCAUACCCAAACCCAGAAAGUAA